AUGCUUUGCUCAACUGGGGGUCCCCUUGUGGAUUUCAAGCAUCCGAUGAAUCCAAUAGACGCCGAUGAUACCCAUUGCAAGUCAAAAGGACCAUUGAAAUUCUACAACUCGGAGAUCCAUGCUGCUGCUUUCUGUUUGCCAUCGUUUGCAAAGAAGGAGUGGAUCAUAGAAUAA